AUGGCAAUCACAAAAUUAGCGACUCUCGGGUUCAUUGUACUCUUGAGCAUUGGACUGUCCAAUGCUGGAAGGGUGGCUAGAUUCUCUAGUUCUCAAGGAGAGGGAUAUGGAGGGGGAGGCGGUGGGGGUGAAGUGAGUGGUGGUGGCUCAGGGUCGGGGAAUGGAGCUGGGUCUGGCCAGAGUUCAAGCAGUGGUGUGCAGUCAAGCGGUGGAGGUGGAGGUGGAGGGGGUGGUGGUAGUCAAUACGGUGGUACUGGAUCCGGUAGCGGGUCCGGUGCUGGCACAGGCUCUAGUGCAUAUAAUGAAGAUACAUAUUAUGGUGAUGUUGGUGGAUCUUCUAGUUCUGGUGGUGGCGGUGGUGGCAGUGGUGGAGGACAAGCAACUGGAGGUUCUUAUGGAUCUAGUGGCUAUGGAUCUGGUAGUGGUAGUGGAAUCGGCUCUGGCAGUGCAUCUAAUAACUACGAUUAUGAAAAUAGAAAUGCAAAUGCCUAUUCUAACGGUGGUGGCAGUGGCAAUGGGCAAGGCACAAAUGGCGGGAGCGGCAGCGGCAGCGGCUCUGGAUCUGGUUUUGGCAAUGCCAAACCGUAACACUCAUCAUCACACCAAUCAAAAUAUGAAGCCCAACCUGCACUAUGUCGAGUGGGUAUCAUAUAAUUUAUUUGUAUUUGUUUGACUUUUUAUGAUGUUUGUUACAAGAAAUAAAGGGCUUCAUCGUUCAGAUAAAACGUUAGUAAUGUCUCAGCAAGAAUAUUGCGUGACUAUGGGUUUCUUUAAAUGUAAUAUGUCUUUACCACUGUAUAUCUAGUUAUAUUUUUACAACUUCGAAGUA